UGGGCCGGGACAGUGGCUUUGAGCAGAGGAUUGAGCUCGGCUCCCCGUUUGGGUUUGGGUGUCUCCACGUCCCCAUCGCCUCUGUUUGACGCCUGUCCAAGCCCCUCUGGGGACCCACUGACAGCGUGGUCUCGCGGGCAAGCCCUGCACACUUAUACCCGCGGCGCUGUUCCCCUGGCUCCUUGGAUCUCAGGCCUGCCGGGGUUCCCCGGGCCCCAGGCCGGAUCCCCCGAGGCUUACGGUCGUUCCCACAGCCGUCCCCCCGGGGCCCUCUCCACGGAGCGUCGCCCGGGCCCCAUUGGUCGCUAGGCUGCAGGCUGGGGCUCAGGCCCGGCCGGGCUCUGGAAGCGGCGGUGGAGGCGGCAGCCAAGCGGAUGGCGGCGGAGCCCCGGCGCCCGUGGGUCCAGGCGCGCAGCGCUUACGGCGCCAGCGAGGCGCUACGGCGCGCGGUGGGCCGCCGGCGGGAUCCCGAGCCGCAGCCCAAUGGGCCGGGCCCCGACGGAGCCCGCGGCCCGGGCCGCCUGGCUCGCUUGCGGGGCCAGCUUCGGGCUGAGGCGGCGGCUCGGGCCGACGCGCCCCGACUGCUGCGGCUGGUGGAGCGCGCUGGGGCCGCGGCGGGAGCCGCCGAGACGGGGGAGCAUGCGGAGGAGCGCAGCCGCGGCUCCGUGUGCUCCGUGUGCGGCGAGCCGCGCGGCGGGGCCACUUACCCGGCGGGCGUCCUGGAGGUGAGCGAGCGGCAGCUGCAGGAGGGCCUGGCGGCCGUACGCGCGGAGCUGGGCGCGGGGCUGGAGGCGCUGCGCGCGGAGCUGCGGGCCGAGCUGGACGCCCUGCGCGCGCUGCUGCCGCCUCCGCCGGCCGCCCGCCGCGAGCCCCGCGUCCCCCGAGGCCCGGCCCUGCUGCGGGCACUGGGCACCGUGAACGCCCUGGCCGCGGGCGCGAGGCCCACCGACGACGCCUCAGACGGCCCGGCCGACGGCGGCGCGAACCGGGCCCCGGCCAGGAAGAACCUCAAGAAGACCCCGGUGCCGCCCGGGGCCCCGCAGGGCGGCGGGGAUUAAGCCUGGGGCAGCGCCGUGGGUCGCCCGGCUUUGCUACUCCGAAAUGGACCGGGGCUUGCGGGGCGUGGCUCGGAGCGAGGAGGGUCCUCCGACGCCGCUCGCUAGCGCUCUGGCACCGAAAGGGGCUGGGGAGCGCGGCUGGUGCAGGCAGCGCUGGAGAAAGGCCGGGGUGGAGGUCUGCCAGCCUCCGGGAGACCGCGGAGCAAGAGCCCAGGGUCCCCCCGCCUGGGGGAGGGGUUGUACGUGUGUUUCCUUGAAUGAUCUCAGGGAGGAGACCGGCUGUCCGGUGCUGGGGUGGCGAGCCUGACCCACACACCAAGUCC